AUGCGCUUUCACGUCAGUCUCAGCGCAGCAAUGGCGUCUUCCAUUGCGGUGUGCAGGUUACGUAUGAGGGGCAGCCUCUCUAGAUGCUUUAAAAAGGUGGAUUCAUGUUUUCAAAGAAAGUUCGGAACUAGUACUGAUGCUACGAAGACCGAUGCACCCAAUAAGAAAUAUAAAAUCGGUAGGUUUCUCAUCCACCGACCACACACAACCUGGCUGUAACCACAUGACUUGCAACAUUAGAUUGCUAACUUUGCUAGCUACCUAAAUGUCCAUUCAUUAUAGUGAGCUGCCAGUUGUCCAAAGAGUGUCAAUGGAUUGCUGCUUAUCUCCAGUCCAGCAUAAACUCCCUUCCACUUGUCAGGUCAUGUAGCUAGAGACAUAGCUACAUGUUCUGUUUAGAGGCGAAUUGGUUCUGGCAGCCAAAUACUCAAUCUAAACGUGAAUAGAUUCACAAUUGCGGUACAGUUCUAGAAAUAUAAAGCCCUCUACGCUCAUAUCACAAUUUCACAAAUUCAAAAUACACACUUACUGUACAACACAGGAGGUUGGUGGCAGCUUAAUUGGGGGAGGACGGGCUCGUGGUAAUGGCUGGAGCGGAAUGGUAUCAAAUACAGUGCAUUGGGAAAGUAUUCAGACCCAUUUACUUUUUCCACAUGUUGUUCCAUUACAGCCUUUUUCUAAAAUGGAUUAAAUAGUUUUUUCCCCCUCAUCAAUCUACACACAAUACCCCAUAAUGACAAAGCAAAACCAUUGUUUUUUUAUUGGCAAAUGUAUAAAGAAUAUAAAACUGAUAUGACAUUCAGCCUUUACUCAGUACUUUGUUGAAACACCUUUGGCAGCGAUUACAGCCUCGAGUAUGACGCUACAAGCGUGGCGCACCUGUAUUUGGGGAGUUUCUCCAAUUCAGGUUGGAUGGGGAGCGUCGCUGCACAGCUAUUUUCAGGUCUCUCCAGAGAUGUUCGAUCGGGUUCAAGUCCGGCCUCUGGCUGGGCCCCUCACAUACAUUCAGAGACUUGUCCCGAAGCCACUCCUGCAUUGUCUUGGCUGUGUGCUAAGGGUCAUUGUCCUGUUGGAAGGUGAACCUUCGCCUCAGUCUGAGGUCCUGAGCAGGUUUUCAUCAAGGAUCUCUGUACUUUGCUCCGUUCAUCUUUCCCUCGACUCUGACUCCCUGCCACUGAAAAACAGCCCCACAGCAUGAUGCUGCCACCACCACCAUGCUUCACCGUAGGGAUGGUGCCAGGUUUCCUCCAGACGUGAUGCUUGGCAUUCAGGCCAAAGAGUUCAAACUUGGUUUCAUCAGACCAGAUAAUCUUGUUUCUCAUGGUCUGAGUCCUUUAGGUGCCUUUUGGCAAACUCCAAGCGGGCUGUCAUGUGCCUUUUACUGAGGAAUGGCUUCCGUCUGGCCACUACCAUAAAUGUCUGAUUGGUGGAGUGCUGCAGAGAUGGUUGUCCUUCUGGAAGGUUCUCCCAUGUCCACAGAGGAACUGUAGAGCUCUGUCAGAGUGACCAUCGGGUUCUUGGUCACCUCCCUGACCAAGGCCCUUCUCCCCCGAUUGCUCAGUUUGGCCGGGCGGCCAGCUCUAGGAAGAGUCUUGGUGGUUCCAAACUUCUUCCAUUUAAGAAUGAUGGAGGCCACUGGGGACCUUCAAUGCUGCAGAAAUGUUUUGGUACCCUUCCUCAUAUCUGUGCCUCGACACAAUCCUGUCUCGGAGCUCUACGGACAAAUCCUUCUACCUCAUGGCUUGGUUUUUGCUCUGACAUGCAAUGUCAACUGUGGGACCUUAUAUAGACAGGUGUGUGCCUUUCCAAAUCAUGUCCGAUCAAUUGAAUUUACCACAGGUUGACUCCAAUCAAGUUGUAGAAACAUCUCAAGGAUGAUCAAUGGAAACAGGAUGCACCUGAGCUCAAUUUCGAGUCUCAUAGCAAAGGGUCUAAAUACUUAUGUAAAUAAAGUAUUUCUGUUUUCACUUUGUCAUUAUGGGGUAUUGUGUGUAGAUUGAUGAGGAACAAAAUUAAUUUAAUCCAUUUUAGAAUAAGACUGUAAUGUAACAAAAUGUGAAAAAAGGGAAGAGGUCUGAAUAUAUGGUUUCCAUGUGUUUGAUACCAUUUCAAUUACUCCGUUCCAGCCAUUAUUAUGAGCCGUCCUCCCCUCUGCAGCCUCCACUGCUGUACAAUGUUGUAACCGAUUUUAACAGUUGUAGCCAACAGUAUUUUUCAGAGACAAAACGUGACACUGGUCACUUUAAUAAUAUUUGCAUACUGUUUUACUCAUUUCAGAUGUUUAAUACUGUAUUCUAGUCAAGGCCAUCCUAUUCAACUAUUGCUGUACAUUGGGCUCCCGAGUGGCGCAGCGGUCUAAGGCACUGCAUCUCAGUGCUUAAGGCGUCACUACAGACCCCCUGGUUCGAUUCCAGGCUGUAUCACAACCGGCCGUGAUUGGGAGUCCCAUAGGGCGGCGCACAAUUGGCCCAGUGUGUCCGGGUUUGGCCGGUGUAGGCCGUCAUUGUAAAUAAGAAUUUGUUCGUAACUGACUUGUCUAGUUAAAUAAAGGUAAAAUAAAAUAAAUAAAAAAGAAACAUAUACUAUUCUAUCCUACGUAUUCUACAGAUAUACUACAUAUUCUAUCCACAUACUGUCCACAAUGUCUAUACAUCCCAUAUCAUAUAUAUUUAUACUCCGGACUCCGACGUUGCUCGUCCUAAUAUUUCUUAAUUCCAUUCUUUUACUUUUAGAUUUGCGUGUAUGGUUGUGUAUUGUUAGAUAUUACUGCACUGUUCGAGCUAGGAACACAAGCAUUUUGCUACAUCCGCAAUAACAUCUGCUAAAUAUGUGUAUGCGACCAAUACAAUUUGAUUUGAUAAAGAAAUCAGUAAAUUGAAAUAAAUUCAUUAGGCCCUAAUCUAUGGAGUGAUUUUACAUGACUGGGAAUACAGAUAUGCAUAUGUUGGUCACAAAUACCUUUAAAAAACAAAAGUUGGGGUGUGGAUCAGAAAACCAAUCAGUAUCUGGUGUGACCAACAUUUGACUCAUGCAGCGCGACACAUCUCCUUCGCAUAGAGUUGAUCAGGCUGUGGAUUGUGGCCUGUGGAAUGUUGUCCCACUCCUCUUCAAUGGCUGUGCGAAGUUGCUGGAUAUUGGUGGGAACUGAAACACUCUGUCGUACACGUCGUUCCAGAGCAUCCCAAACAUGCUCAAUGGGUGACAUGUCUGGUGAGUAUGCAGGCCAUGGAAGAACUGGAGGCAUUUUCAGCUUCUAGGAAUUGUGUACAGAUCCUUGCGACAUGGGGCUGUGCAUUAUCAUGCUGAAACAUGAGGGGAUGGCGGCGGAUGAAUGGCACGACAAUACCAUAACCCCACCGCAACAACGUUGACAUCUGCAAACCGCUCGCCCACACGAUGCCAUACACGCUGUCUGCCAUCUGCCCGGUACAGUUGAAACUGGGAUUCAUCCAUGAAGAGCUCACUUCUCCAGUAUGCCAGUGGCCAUCAAAGGUGAGCAUUUGCCCACUGAAGUCGGUUACGAGUCCGAACUGCAGUCAGGUCAAGACCCUGUUGAGGACGACGAGCACGCAGAUGAGCUUCCCUGAGAUGGUUUCUGACAGUUUGUGCAGAAAUUCUUCAGUUGUGCAAACCCACAGUUUCAUUAGCUGUCCAGGUGGCUGGUCUCAGAUGAUCCCGCAGGUGAAGAAGUCUGAUGUGGAGGUCCUGGGCUGGCGUGGUUACACGUGGUCUGCGGUUGUGAGGCCGUUUGGACGUACUGCCAAAUUCUCUAAAACAACAUUGGAGGCAGCUUAUGGUAGAGAAAUUAAUAUUCAGUUCUCUGGCAACAGCUCUAGUGGACAUUCCUGCAGUCAGCAUGCCAAUUGCACGCUCCCUCAACUUGAGACAUCUGUGGCAUUGUGUUGUGUGACAAAACUGCACAUUUUAGAGUUGCCUUUUAUUGUCCCCAGCACAAGGUGCACCUGUGUAAUGAUCAUACUGUUUAAUCAGCUUCUUGAUAUGCCACACCUGUCAGGUGGAUGGAUUAUCUUGGCAAAGGAGAAAUGCUCACUAACAGGGAUGUAAACAAAUUUGUGAACAACAUUUGAGAGAAAUAAGCUUUUUGUGCAUAUGGAACAUUUCUGGGAUGUUUUAUUUCAGCUCAUGAAACAUGGGACCAACAAUUUACAUGUUGCGUUUCUAUUUUGUUCAGUAUAAUUAGCGCAGGUACUCCUCUGUCUUCCGUCUGUUUUCCUGUAAACAAGCGCUGUAACAUGGAAAUGGCAUUGUGGGAACCCUAACCCUAUAAAGGUAGUGUAGUAACUUAACCUUUUUUUGUUUUUUGAAAAUUAUUUAUUGCUUAUGUUUCCAAAACCGUACCGCAAGCAAUGCGUUUUAACAUUCAGAACGAGCAUCGGGAUUCUUAACAAAAACUCCCCUGGCCAGAACACACUGAAGGUAGUUAGCGUCUAUGAACGGGUUAGAAAUCAACUUGACAUGAUGUGACUCUUUGUUUUUGCCUUGUCUUUAGAAUCAUAUGAUGGCUAGAUUUCGACAUGGGUUAUGAUUUUCAUGCCAAAGACAAUGAUAUCAUCUUGCUAAAGUAUGCUGUAAUGACAUCAUGACGUGUCUGUCUGUUUUGUUGUUUUUAGAACCAAAGGAUGGAAGCAAAUCUUUUUACACAGUCCAAGAGGAGAAGAUAGAGCAGGCAGAGAGAUCUGUCCUUAUCAGCUGCCCGGCCAAAACCAACGAGAAAAAGUUCCUCCAGUAUUUAUCCAGACAUGGAGAUAUCAACAAAUGUUUCUUUUAUGAAAGCUACGUAAGUAUUUCAAUUGUGCGUAUGAGUCUACAAAUAAACACUCAUGUAUGGAAACAGCCAUGAAUGUAGGCUUGCUAAUCCUGCUAACCUUCUAAAAAAAAUCGAAGUGCUCUUUGUAAGUAGUUAUAGCUGCAGUGUGAUGGGAAAUAGCACUGUACAGAACUAAAUUCCCGAAAAACAUUGUAUUGUUAAGGGAGUCAUAUAUAAGGAGCUCUAUCAAAAAAAAACGAUGUUGAAUAGAAGGUUGUCAAAGAGAACUGACUGUGCUGUCACUGCUCAUGUUUGGCCUUCCAGGGUACAUAUGCUGUGGUGGAGUUUGCCAACAAGGAGAGCCUCAAAUCACUGCACGAAGGAACGGCCAUCCCCAGUAUCAACCAUGAAGCUACAGUGCCUUUCAAGUCCAGACUGCUUUCGCUCAGAAACACUGGUCCUUUAGACCUGUCCAAUGGCCAGUCUGCCCCUCAGUGCCAACCACAGACCACCAUACCCAUUAACGACCUCAUACAGAGAAUGUCCAAAGAAGACAGUGUAAGUCUACAUGGACUGGUUUCUAAAUACUAGCUAAACGACUGAAGUUGUCUGUCUGAAUGAAGAUUAGCAUAGAAACAUGUCCCAGGGACAACAUAUAGGUAUUAUGUUAGCUUUUGUGCUAACUGAUACCAAUAUAUAGUUGAAUAUGAAUGAUGGUCAACAAGGAUCUCAAGAGAACCCUUGCUUUAGGCUUAAUAUUAAACACUCCAAUAAUAACACUGUGUUUUGGUGUUCUCUCUUUCUUGAUCUCAGAUAGACCAACAAAUCUCCUCCCUUACAGAGACGUACCAGCUGACGGAAGAGAACGUCUGCCUGCGCUUCCUGGUCUGCUCCCUCCUGAAGGAUAUAGCCGCUGCAUAUUUCCCAGAAUGCACUAUUCGGCCCUUUGGCUCCUCCGUGAACGGCUUCGGGAAGCUGGGCUGUGACCUAGACAUGUUUCUGGACCUGGACGGCAUCAGUGGGAGGAAUCUGAAGAAGGUGAGGAUGAGGACUAUGUAGAAACCACAUCAGUCACGUUCAGUAGGGCACACCAUAGCAAAAUGUCUGUCAGCGAAAAAAACAAACAUCUGUUUUGUUAUUGGGCAAGUUUAGGUAGGAAGUGAAAAACACAUCAGGGGUGUUUCCCAAAAGCUUCGUAGCACUGAGAUGAGAUCAUAUAUACAGGGGGUACCAAGUCAAGUUAGAUUAGUCAAAGACAGGUUAGUCGAGGUAGUUUGUACAUGUAGGUUGGGGUAAUGUGACUGCAUAGAUAGUAAACAGCGAGUAGCAGCAGUGUAAAAACAAAGGGAUGGGGGUCAAUGUAAAUAGUCCGGGUGGCCAUUUGAUUAAUUGUUCAGCAGUCUUAUAGUUUGGGGGUAGAAGCUGUUAAGGAGCCUUUUGGACCUAGACAUGGCGCUCCAGUACCGCAUGCCGUACGGUAGCAGAGAGAACAGUCUAUGACUUGGGUGACUGGAGUCUUUGACAAUUUCUUGGGCCUUCCUCUGACACCGCCUAGUAUAUAGGUCCUGGAUGGCAGGAAGCUUGGCCCCAGUGAUGUAUUGGGCCUUACGCACUACCCUCUGUAGCGCCUUACGGUCGGAUGCCGAGCAGUUGCCAUACCAGGCGGUGAUGCAACCGGUCAGGAUGCUCUCGAUGGUGCAGCUGUAUAACUUUUUGAGGAUCUGGGGACCCAUGCCAAAUCUUUUCAAUCUCCUGAGGGGAAAAAGGUGUUGUCGUGCCCGCUUCAUGACUGUCUUGGUGUGUUUGGACCAUGAUAGUUUGUUGGUGAUGUGGACACCAAGGAACUUGAAACUCUCGACACGCUCCACUACAGCCCUGUUGAUGUUAAUGGGGGCCUGUUCGGCCCUCCUUUUCCUGUAGUCCACGAUCAUCUCCUUUGUCUUGCUCACAUUCAGGGAGAGGUUGUUGUCCUAGCACCACACUGCCAGGUCUCUGACCUCCCAAUAGGCUGUCUCAUCGUUGUCGGUGAUCAGGCCUACCACUGUUGUGUCGUCGGCAAACUUAAUGAUGGUGUUGGAGUCGUGCCUGGCCAUGCAGUCAUGGGUGAACAGGGAGUACAGGAGGGGACUAAGAACGCACCCCUGAGGGGCCCCGGUGUUGAGGAUCAGCGUGGCAGAUGUGUUGUUGCCUACCCUUACCACCUGGGGGUGGCCUGUAUGGAAGUCCAGGAUCCAGUUGCAGAGGGAGUUCUUUAGUCCCAGGGUCCUUAGCUUAGUGAUGAGCUUUGUGGGCACUAUGGUGUUGAACGCUGAGCUGUAGUCAAUGAACAGCGUUCUCACAUAGGUGUUCCUUUUGUCCAGGUGGGAAAGGGCUGUGCGGAGUGCGAAAUUAAAAGCGCUGCGUGCGACAGGUUCUCCUACCAUGCCAUUGCAUCAGAUCAGUACAAAAAAAAUGAAUCGAUUGGAAUAUAUCACAGCUGGUGAGAGGAUAUUCGGAGAAAGAGAAGGGAACAUUUAUUUUAUUUCCAAAACACUUGAGCGUGCUGUCUCUGAUCAACUUUCUUGUUAUCUCUCUCAGAACAAUCUUCUUGACCCUAACCAGUCAGGCUUCAAGACGGGUCACUCAACCGAGACUGCUCUUCUCUGUGUCACGGAGGCUCUCCGCACUGCCAAAGUUGACUCUCUCUCCUCUGUUCUCAUCCUCCUAGAUCUAUCCGCUGCCUUUGACACCGUGAACCAUCAGAUCCUCCUCUCCACCCUCUCAGGGCUGUGCGUCUCAGGCCAUGCUCUUGGAUUGCAUCCUACCUGGCAGGCCGCUCCUACCAGGUGACGUGGAGAGGAUCUGUGUCUGCACCACGUACUCUCACGACUGGUGUCCCCCAGGGCUCGGUUCUAGGCCCUCUCCUCUUCUCACUAUACACCAAGUCACUCAGCUCCGUCAUAUCCUCACAUGGUCUCUCCUAUCAUUGCUAUGCGGAUGACACGCAACUACUUUUUUCCUUCCCCCCUUCUGACACCCAGGUGGCGACACGCAUCUCUGCGUGCCUGGCAGAUAUCUCAACUUGGAUGUCGGCCCACCACCUCAAGCUCAACCUCGACAAGAUGGAACUGCUCUUCCUCCCGGGGAAGGUCUGCCCGCUCAAAGACCUCUCCAUCACGGUUUACAACUCCACAGUGCCGCCCUCCCAGAGUGCAAAGAACCUUGGUGUGACCCUGGACAACACCCUGUCGUUCUCUGCAAACAUCAAAGCAGUGUAACCCGCUCCUGCAGGCUCAUGCUCUACAACAUCCGUAGAGUACGACCCUACCUCACAUAGGAAGCGACCUAAUCCAGGCACUUGUCCUCUCCCGUCUGGACCUCUGCAACUUAUCCAGAAUGCCGCAGCCCGCCUGGUUUUCAACCUUCCCAAGUUCUCUCAUGUCACCCCGCUCCUCCACACACUCCACUAGCUUCAAGACCAUGGUGCUUACCUACGGAACAGCAAGAGGAACUGCCGCUUAAGCCUGUUUAUAAUGUUCCCUGUGACAGUCACCACAAAAAGCAGGUAAUCGUGAAGUAAAAACAGCCACAACCUUCCCAAACUCCCCUGAUAGCCAGGUGCAAGGGGAGAGAAAAUGACCAACAAGUUAUCUGAUAUUUUUCAGUCAAAGGUAGGCUAAAAUGAAGGUCAAUUUUAGUAGACCUAUAAUAAUAAUAUUUUACUGGUCGGUCAACAGUGCUACAUCAACAAAAUAGUGUGGUGACUUUGAGAGAACUUUGAGUUGAUUAAAUUGCAACAAGAAAACAUUAGAUUAAUGUACAUAUUUCUCAAUUUACAGUGGUAUAAUCAUGUUCCAUCUGCCCAGCCAAAAGCAGGGCUCUCCUUGGAGUACCAGACAAAGAGGUCUGCAUCUGAGCGGGCGGCUACCCAGAGUAUCCUGUCUGUGAUCGGGGAGUGUGUAGACCAGUUUGGGCCCGGCUGUGUCGGGGUGCAGAAGAUUCUCCAGGCUCGCUGUCCCCUGGUCCGCUUUGCCCACCAACCAUCAGGGUUCCAGUGUGACCUCACUGCCAACAAUAGGUAACAUACACACACACACACAAGGGCUCUCCGACAGACACACACACACACAUACACAGUCACAGAUAAAACAUAUUUUUUGGUGUAAUCAGUCUCCAACAGAAGUUGGGUUACAUCAUGGUUAAUCAUCAGUAUGAUUAAAUUAGAACGGCUUUUAUAAUGCUUGACCGGUUCCUUUUGAACAAUUGCAAAUCAGGAAAGCAUAACAAUGCCUGCAAACAUACUUCCGCCGGCCUAGGUGUGAUUUUGAAUUGUUAAUGUUGUUUAUAGUUCACCUUUCCACAGAACUAAAAGUCACCUUUUAAAUGGCAUUUAGCUCUCAUGCUUCAUCGAAACUCUCUUACGUGUUAGUUCCGCAUUGCCCUUAACCUACUGGCAUUGCACAAACCAGACAGAAACUUCAGUUAUGUAGAACUGCUCUGUAUGCUGGUUCCAAGCUGGCUACCCUAAAACUGGUCGGGCACCAGAGAGGAGGAAGAAAAGAGAGGUGGCUUGUGUUUGUGCCCUGAAACUAGUCAGGCACCAAAGAGAAAGAGAGGAGAAGAGAGAGAGGGCAACAGAGGUGAGAACAAAAGGACAAAAGAGAGAGGGGAGAAGAGAAGCGUCUUGUUGUUUCACUUCUUCUUCUCUUGGCCCGAGGGAUACUGUGGUCUCUGUAGUUAGCCUGAGAGUGAAGCAACCACAUCAAAUCAAAUGACAUUUUAUUUGCCACAUGCGCCGAAUACAACAGGUGUAGACAUUACAGUGAAAUGCGUACUUACAAGCCCCUUAACCAACAAUGCAGUUAAAAAAAAGAAAAAGUAAAAAUAAUAUGUAGAUGUGGGUAGAGUUAAAGUGACUGCUAACGUUCAGAAACAAACACACUGACGCAUCAGUUUAUUAGGAAGUAGAGUAGAGGGGGGUUUCUCAAUGCUUAUGUUAAAACAUAGAAGGGUAUGGUUAUGCACGGUUUGUCAUACAAAACCUUUCAAAAUAGAGGGAUGUUUUGGUACUAAGUGAGAAUUGUAAUGUUCAGCUGAAUGCUGCCCUCUGGUGGAUAUUGUGUGCCACUGUCUUUUUCAUUUUCUCUUCUCACAAACUUCUGUAACCUUCAUGGUUUCUAACGUCAGAUUGAGAAGUUUUGUACUGAGAAUAUAUCAUCAUUUCAAACACUUAAAAAUGGUGAUCGAAAAAUGCAUGUUAUACAUGUUUUUCAAUUCAAAAGUCCCAAACAGUAUCAAAUCUGUCAGAUAAUGAGGGUAUCCUGUUACUCCAGUAUGUCGUCUUGACUACCAUUUCUUUGUGUAUCAUCAUCAAAUUAAAAUAUUAGGAAUGGUGAUAGAAAUGAAUGUGUUAGAAAGAUCAAUUAAAAGUUGCAGACAGUAUCAAGUGUCUCAGCUAAUAUGACUAGGCUGUACUGGCUUCUUGACUGUCCUUCUGUGUGUGUCCACAGGGUGGCGAUGAAGAGCUCGGAGCUGCUGUACCUGUAUGGAGGGCUGGACCAUCGGGUACGUUACCUGGUGUUCAGUGUCCGGUGCUGGGCUCGGGCCCACAGUAUCACCAGCAGCAUACCUGGAGCCUGGAUCACCAACUUCUCUCUCACUGUCAUGGUCCUAUUCUUCCUCCAGAGGAGGACUAUUCCUAUUCUACCCACCCUGGACCACCUCAAGGAACUAGCAGGUAUCUUAUAAUGGAGCACUGUGACAAUUUAUGUGGGGGGAAAAAUCAAUACUGUCGGUAUCUCACCUCAAAGAGCUAGCAAGUAGUAGUCUGUAGUUUUGCGUUGUUAUACUUCCUAGUUGUAUUCAGAAAAGUGGAAAUUGAGGUUCAGCAGGUAGCAAUGGACCACUGAGCGAGUGGCAAUUGGGUUACUAAAUGAUUAUUUAUUUAAUGGAUUUCAGGCAAUUGAUUGUUGAUCCUCAUUGUCAACAAAUAUCUGUGUUGGUGUAGUGCAGUCAUGCUCCUCCACUUCUCCUCCCAGCGCUCAUAUUCCUGCUUCCCUUGUCACCUUGGCUCACAGAUAAUUGCCUUCCAAAAGCAAUCUAUCCUCCCUCCCUCCAUCCCCCUUAGCCCAGACAGAGACACUAUCCCAGGCAGCGUCACAUAGUGCUUACAGCACUAUAAAGGACCCAUCACUCUGGCAGGGGCCAAGACCCUCCCAGCAUUGGGCAUCUAUUUAACCACACACUCGCGCACGCAUAGCAAACUCAUACACACCACCAGCCUCUCCUCUGACCCUCGGCUGACAUGGUCAAGAAGACUGGUACCAAGGCUCUGAUGGAGAGCCAGGCUUGAUCAGGACUCUUAUUAUCCUUUCUUCUCUUCUCCUUCUUUCUCUCUACCGCUCACUCUCUUUCUCUCUACCGCUCACUCUCUUUCUCUCUACCGCUCACUCUCUUUCUCUCUACCGCUCACUCUCUUUCUCUCUACCGCUCACUCUCUUUCUCUCUACCGCUCACUCUCUUUCUCUCUACCGCUCACUCUCUUUCUCUCUACCCGCUCACUCUCUUUCUCUCUACCGCUCACUCUCUUUCUCUCUACCGCUCACUCUCUUUCUCUCUACGCUCACUCUCUUUCUCUCUACCGCUCACUCUCUUUCUCUCUACCGCUCACUCUCUUUCUCUCUACCGCUCACUCUCUUUCUCUCUACCGCUCACUCUCUUUCUCUCGCUUGUAAUUGCUCUCUCUUCUUUGACCUCUCUAUCAUCCCACUCACAUUAGCAAUCUUCUCCCUCUCUCUCUUUGCCUGUCAGUUUUCCUAGUGACACCAUCCAUCUUUUAAGGCCUUAUAAAAUCUGCUUUGCUGAGGGAAUAACGGAAUCCAGACAUUAAAACGGAAUUCAACAAUAUUGGAAAAUGUAUUGAACUUAUUAGAAAAUGCUUUCAUUUACCCAAGUUAAUCAUAAGAUGUGAACAAAAUGCAUCAGUGAUUCGUAUUUUGUUGCAACUAUCUGAAACGGCACAGGAAUGCACCUGUGUGUGUGUGCGAUGAUGCUAAUGAUAACAGUCUUCUGGUAGAGAUUGAAACGCUUUCUCAAAAACUUUCUCAAUUAAAUGUUAACUACAAAGUAUCCUACCUCGCAGAAUGAUAUCAUGAUUAUUUGCAUCAAUCCAGUGGCCAUUUGUUUCGCAAACUCUGCAAUCACAUGAGCACUACAGAAAUAUCGCUAACCAAACAACGUUCUCUUGCUGGUGUGCACUUGCAUUAAAGGGUAACUUCACCCAAAAAUCUACAUUUCUUAGAUUUUUCCCAGACCUCAAAGUGGUCUCCUUUACACUCAUGGGAAUUGGCUUAUAUCGAUAGGGUUUAUACGAAAAUAAUUAAUACAAACAUUAAACUGUUGAUUUUAUGUGCAUUUUACAUUUACUGUACUUUUCGCUGCAUUUGUUGAUAACGAAAUCUGAAAAUACUCUGUAUCCAUUCAGUAACAUGAUAAAAAUAUUCCUGGAAAAUGGGGUGUACGUGCAAACUAAGACAACAAAAAUUACAACGGUUUGAGUGAGAGGACCAACUGGUGUCUCCAAGUGGCCACCACCUCUCCAAAGUGUGCACAGUUCCUAAGCAAUUUCAAUGCACUUUUAUGACUCAAAGAACAGUCUUCAACUAUAAGGUGCUUUUUUUGUGCUCUCCUAGCUGUGCCGUUGAGGAACUACAGCAAGCACACUUGUAGUUUUACUUGGAACACAAUCCUGCAUCCCCGCAUCACACAAUUACUGUUGUUGUUUACGCAAUCCAAAAACAGCCCAUUAUAAAUCGCAAUCUGGGUCAGGUGGGCAUAAUUUGAAAGCUAAAUACGAUCUUACAGUGUUAGGCUUUCACACUGCAAUUCAGAUUGUAAUUUUGAUGUAUGAUACUCACAUUUUCCCUAUACCCAUCAUGAGGUUGCUACAACCUAGCCUACGAAUGAAAGUUUACAACGUAGGUGCACAGGUCGAGAGAAAUUAGAGUAAUCAAGGUGACAGACAUUGACACAUUCAAUACCACCUUGUACACUCUUGCCUGCAUCUAGCUGAUCUAGGCCAACAGUUGCAAACAAGAGUUUCUAUUGGACAAAUUCAGGUAUGUUUAUCCCCAUUUCGUUCGCUUCUGUUUAAGAAACUUUUUUCAACAGAAUCGGCGGAACGAAUACACCCCUGAUCACACGCAAACACAGAACUAGCAGCCACAUAUUCACUUUGCUUGUUGUAUAUAUAAUUCCUUCUCGCAUCUACGCUCACUCCUCCUCUCACCUUUUCCCUUCACUUGUGGACUUCAGUGCACAAUACAACAACUGCCUGUGGCCAGGCGAAAUAACAUUCCAAGCCAAACUUUCAUACCAUAACAGCUAACCGCUGCACACAGCGUACAUUGUUUUCACCAUAUUAACGGCAUAGUCAACAUAGCUACUAGAACUAACGUGUUAGUAAACCUGCUACAAUCCUGCAGUACAGUUAGCAAGCAGUUUAGAAGUUACACAUGCGGGCCCCGGUGGCAAUACAUUUAUAAAACCAAAAGGGGAACUUUAAACAACAUUAACAAUUAAAAAAGUUUGAUUUUUGAGACCGAAAACCUGGAAUAUCAAAACAAAGAGAACUGAAUUUGGGAAAAACAGUAUCAGGCAAAAAAUAAAACGGAUUUUAUAGGGCCCUAAUCUUUGUCUUGUUCAGGGGCUGCCCAAUUCCGGUCCUGGAGGGCCGAGACACUUCUAGUUUUCAUCCUCUCCUUCUAAUAAGGGAGUAAUUCAGCCCUGGGACACCAGGUGAGCACAAUUAACUACCAAGUAGAAACAAAAACCAGAAGUGUUUCGGACCGGAAUUAGGCAGCCCUGGUAUUGUUUAUGGACGUGUACGUAGACGUCCAGGAUGUUGUAUGUCAUUUACUCUUUCUCCCUUCUCUUGUACAAGGCCCUAGAUGUGUAGUGUCUUACCUUGUGAUAUAUAUCAUAUUAUUUACCUUAUGUUCCCCCCCCCUUUCUACAAGGCCCCAUAGAUAAGAGUGUCAUCGAGGGAAACGACUGCACGUUUGUCAGCGACUUCACAAAAAUACAACUGCAGGACAACACAGAGACAUUAGGUGGGCCCAUAGCAUAAAUGUGAAUGUUUUGUUAAAAUGUUAUUUCCACAUGGAAACAGGUUUCUUCAUCAGUAUGAAUGUGGUAUUUCUUGUCAUACUCUUUGUAUUUCCUUUCAGAGCAACUGCUGCAGGAGUUCUUUGAGUUCUAUGGAACCUUCGCAUUCAACCGCAUGUCUAUAAACAUCAGAAAGGUAACACACAGACAAACAAUGAAGGUGCACGAAUUGGCGGGAGUCAGUGCGCAUUAGUGGAGAGAGACAUGCCUAGCGGGUCUUCGCCAUAUAGUAUUUUACAUUUUUUUUAAAUCUCUGGUUAAAGAUUGAGUUUUGACGUCCGUUUGAGUACUCAUGCACAUCCCUAGCCUAGGCUACUCUAACUUUUACCAGCGCACCCGGUUUAAAUGUGACAUGGCCUGCGUAUGGUCUAAAUGAACGAAAGCCUGAAUUAACGUAAUAAUUAACAGAAUUAGCCUAUUGUAAACAAUUUCUGAAUUAGCCUAUCGUAAACAAAUUCCUGCUUGCACUUUUUGCUGGCUGUGUAUCCAUCUACCGGGUUGUUGUUGUUGUUGGCCACAAUGACUAUGAUACGUUUCAGCACCACACAAAUAAUGGACAGUUCCCUGAUCCACCGCGUGAAUGUCUGCCUCACCGCUUACAGAAUGGAAUUCGCAACACAAGGGUUGAAUGUUUUCAUUCCACCCGCGGGGAACCGUGGCUAUCCGACCCGAUGCCGGAAUCUAACACGCACGCGCACACACACAAACUCCAUUUUGUUUGAAUCAGUAUCAACUAGCAAGUCAUUCUGUUUCUCCAUUCAUCAGUAGACACAAAGGUGACCGUGCUUCACUGAAAGCUUUAAACAGAAAUAGCCUUUCUUUCUUCUCUGCAACCCUUUUAGCUUUAAACUGACAAUCCUUUCAGAACUGCUUCCAGCUGCACUUUCACCCUUGUGCCUAAUUGCCAUAGUUUAUAAUUGGCCAGAAAAUGCUAACGGCGUUCAAGAUCUUUCAUUGGCUAUCUCUGAGGGGAAGCUAGUGGUAGUAAAGUGUGUGGUUUGUGGAACACACACACACACCAACAUCACACUGACGUCCCUCGGUGCCUGCUAAGACUACAGCUGUCAGAGGACUGUGUGAUUGAUGGCUGCUGCUGCUCUCCACCCAUCUCUAUAUGAACCCAAUCUCUAGUUUAUCACGCUCAGUAAGCGAAAACGAUCAACACGUUUAUUCAAUCUUAUCCACGUGUUCAUUUGGAUACCAUUUACCCAGUUUGUUUUUUGCUUGGUUGCUCCUCCUUGGUCUAUAGAGAUAUAGUGUAGGAAAGACGUUAACCUGGGGUCAGCCGUGCUUGUGUGUGUGUGCACGCCCCAGGGUCAGGAUUGACGUAUUGAAGGAAGGCCUGUAGGAAGCCUGGUGGCAAUGGCCUUUCAAUAGUAGAGAAACCACCAUCAAUCAUCUUUACGGUGUAAUGUCUCUCUCCUGUCUCUCUCUCUCUCUCCCCCCCGACUGAUCGCUUUAUGCUCCAUGGUCAUCCCAUCCCUCCAUCCAAUGGAGCUGGAGGCUCCAUCGCUCUCUUUCUCUCUCUUUCUCUCUCCAUCUAUCCAGUCAGCCAUUUUUUUACAACCCCAGGCUUAGAUAGGGGAUUGAGGUGUAUUGCAUGCCAUGCUUGACCUGGAUUCAAAUAGUAUUUGUUUUGUGUCGAAUACCUCGUGUGGUUCGAUUGAGCCUGCCUGGAGUGUUGCACCUUUGGGACUAUUCCAUUGGUUCCAUUUCGUCAGGCAAGCUCAAUCAGGCGCAGCUAAAGCAUUUUAGGGAAAACAAACGCUAUUUGAACCCAGUUGGGUCUGUUGCGUGCAUAGAACCUUGGAGGGCUCUGGAGAUAGAAAUCCGUAACCCAGGUUUUUAUUGUCCGUGUGACAGUUACCGUAUAGGACACAGGCCUGCUCUGCUUAUGUCCCAAAUGGCACCCUAUUCAGUGGCACAAAGCAGCAACGGUGUAGCCUUAUGGAAUUGUCAUGCGUGACAAGGAGUUAGAAAAAUGGCAGAAACAGAUCUAGGACCAGCCUAGUGAUGGUGUCAGAGAGUCAGUGGUAUGAUGGAUGAGGCGUGGUGAAUCUGUGUCUACCCUGCUGGUGCUGCCCCCAGGCUCGUUUCUCAUAGCUAGGCUGACACUGGCUGCGUCCCAGAUGGCAUCGUAUUCCCUACAUAGUGCACCACUUUUGACCAGUGCCCUAUGGGUCCUGGUCAAAAGUAGUGCACUAUAUAGGGAAUAGGGAGCCAUUUGGAACGCACACCACAUCCCCAUUUUAGCCUGGCCUGGGAAGAGGAGAGGUGUGCCAGACUGAGACCAGCCAGAUCCAUUCUAUAUGGGCCCAUGUGGCCUAGAUAACAGCAACAAACACCUGACCUCACCAGCGUGACCAAUAAGAUAGAUGGACCAUGUAUAAAGACCAGUUGGUGUUUUGCCAGCUCUUUCUCAUGAUCAUGUUCCCUCUCUUUCUUUUUCUCUUUCUCUCUCCAUCUCACGCUUUCUCUCCUUCUCUCGCAUGCUCUCUCUUUCAAUCUCUAACAGGGCAGGGAGCAAAACAAACCUGAGGUGUCCCCAUUGCACAUCCAGAACCCCUUUGAGCCUGCGCUGAACGUCAGUAAGAAUGUUAACGGAACGCAGCUGGAGCGCUUCGUGGCGCUGUGUCGGGAGAGCGCCUGGAUGCUGCAGCAGCGGGAGUUCAACUUACCGCACAGCGGUAACGGGGCCAGUACCGGAAACAACGCCCCCUGGGGCCUGGCAGCGCUCCUCAUGCCCUCUGUCUCCCAGGCGGCCGGGGUUAAAAGUCGUAAGAAGAGGAAGAGAGAGCCGGCCAGCGAGAGGAUAAAGGGCCUGCUGGAUUCUCUAAAGAACAGGGAGGAGAAGAAGAGCUAGAGAGCGGCCAUGCAGAACAGCCCCACUAGAGGUCACUGGUGAGUUCUGGGUCUAUGGGUAACAGUGGCUAUGUACCCUAUCAUGGCCGUAAAGAAUGGACAUGUUUGGACUUGUCCAAUUGCUUUUCACACAACUGCAAAUAACCGAUCAGAGCCAAACCAAGCUGUACUGAUAUGCCCUGCGCUAUGGUUGCUGUAACCUACCUGGAAAGGACAAUGUGACAACAGUUUGGUUCUGUUCAGCACGGUAGUGUGAAAAGGGUACCUGUGACCAGAUGCUCGUUAUAAGAAAGCCGGACUACUCUACAUGGCGACGUUUGCAAAUAGAUGUACAUAAAGAUAUUAAGUUAUAGCGUCUGCUGACAUCUUUUUGUUUGUAUACAUUUAUAUCAGAUGUAUUCAGAUGUUGUUUUUUAUUAAAGGUCCUGAACAGUCAUUC